AUCCUCCCUGCAGAGGCAAAGCGUCGAACACAUGGCGCGCGCCAUCCUCCGCCGCGCGCUCUCCCUCUCCGCCGCCGCGGCGUCCGUCUCCGCCCCCGCGACCCCCCUAGUCGCCGCCGCCUUCGCUUCCACUUCCUCCUCGUCCAUCGUCGUCCCGCUGCGCUCACCCCUCGACGACCGUCUCCACCGCCUCCUCCGCUCCGAGAUCACCUACCUCGCAGAGCGCCGCCCUCCCUACCCGCCGCCGAGGAGCUUCAAGUCGUUCGCCGUGGAGGACCGCCCGGGGGAGCAGUGGGUGCGCCUCCGCUCCCGCGCCGGAGCCGAUGAGGAGGUCAAGAUCGAGGCUACCAUGUUCGACGGCGCCGCGGAGCCGCUCCCCGAGGACGCGCCACUCUUCAGCCGCGUCGAGUCGCUCGAGCGCGGCCCGCGCCUCCGCCUCAGCCUCAUCGUCGAGAUCACCCGGGGCGACCGCGUCCUCGGCUUCAUCUGCUCCGCCUGGCCCGACGAGCUCGCCGUUCGCCACGUGCUCGCCCUCAGGGCUGGCAGUGGCAGCUCCAGCAGCGAUGGCGCUCGUGGUGCACGCAGUUUCGUGAAGCUGGGUGCUGGGGAGAGGGAAGCGGUGACGAAGUUUUUGAAGGAGAGAGAGGUGGACGAGGAGCUCGCUGAAUUUUUGCAUAACUAUAUGGCGAACAAGGAGAAGAUGGAGCUUCUCCGGUGGUUGAAGACCAUCGAAUCAUUCCUUGACAAGUAGGAUAAGAACACACACAACAGUGGUUCCAUUUGCAGGCACCCUGCUGUUUUAAGCACGAUCUCCUCUUGGAACGAAUAGGCUCCAACAACUGGUGUUAAGGGAUGAUGUCCUGCAGUCCCUGUGCAUUAUCUUCCUUAAUGCCGUGCUAUAUGGCUGCUUACUCAUCUUGUUGCUGAAGACGUUUUAAUUUUUUUUCACCUUUCAUAGUAGCUCAGUGCUCACGGAGAUUGAUGGCCUGAAUAUCCUACCGUAUUAUCAUUUCCUUGUGAUCAAGAAUUCAAGACUGUUGUCAAUCGUGUAUCUGUUGAAAUC